AUGGGUCGCACAAGGAAGCAGUCGGAUCCCACCGGCACCCCGAGACCCUCGGGCCGCGAAGGGGAGCACUCUAUACGCUCCUACCUCCAGGCCGCAACCCGCGCCCGUUCACCGCAACGGGAGGAGGAGGCCGCAAGCCAGGAACUGGAUUCCUUCCCCUCCACGCCGGCCAGGAUGUCGCCGGUACCGUCAAACAUGUCGGAGUCACAGCUUCCACAGGAGGGUGAGUGGAAGGCCAUACUCCCAAAUCUGCUCACCAAGGCAGACUUUGAGGCCUUAUCUGACCGUCUGGGCCGCGUGGUGAGGGAGGAGGUGGCUCAACUCCGUGCUGACCUGGCUAAUAUGGAGGCACGUAUGUCAGUGGCAGAGUCUGAGACCAGGUCACUACGCACUGACCUGGAGCAAACGAAUUUGGCCGUAGCUAAUCAAGAAGCAGACACUGCUAACCUCACCACCUGGAUCGACGAUCUGGACAACCGCGGCCGCAGGCUGAACUUGCGGAUCCGCGGGAUGAGGGAAGAAGGCCCAACAGAACACGUACCAGACGCACUGCUGCGCUUGUUUACCCAGGUACUGGGGGGCCAACAAUUACCCAGACUCUGCAUAGUCAGGGCGCACAGGGCACUGCGGCCGGUACCGGCACCGGAAGAACAACCUAGGGAUAUCAUAUGCUGCCUAGAAAACUACCAAUUGAAGGAGGAUAUACUGCGCACGGCCCGCCGCAUGGGAACCAUCCGCUUUGAAAGCCAAAACGUAUCAAUAUACCAAGAUUUAUCAAGGUACACCUUGCAGGCCAGAAGGGCCCUACGCCCGGUAACAUCCGCUCUACAACAGGCAGGAAUACCGUACAGAUGGGGCUACCCAUUUUCCCUAUCGGCCAGACACGGCCCAGAUCAACUGGUGGUAAGGAGACCAGAAGACCUCCCAGGUUUCCUCCGAGCCAUGGGCCUCCCGCUGCUUCAAGUUCCCGACUGGCUGGCAAGAUCGUUUCUCCAACCUCCGCCAGGACCACAACUACCACGCAGGCCAGACCAAGGUCCCCAAAGACCCCAGCAACAACGCCGCAGGGACUGGAAUCCGGGCCCGGCAAGGCGCGAGCAGGAGCACUAAUGGACUGUCACUCGGAGAAGCAGGACUCAUGA